AUGUCGAGUAAUAAUACACCUAUGAGUUUAGAAGAUGAUAGUAAUAUAGGCAGUGGUAGUGGUAGUGGUAUUGGAGAUGAAGAUGAAAUUAUGAAUGAUGAUAUUGCAACAACAACUACUACUCCAACCACAACAACAACAACAACAACCACAACCACAAAUAAUGCUACAAAUACAACAUCACCAACAACACCUACAUCUACAAUGACUGACGAUCAAGCAUCGAGUGAAGCAGAUCAACUAGCUGAAGAAGCAAACCAUCAGAGAUUCAUGAUGGAAUUGGAAUUCGUACAAUGUUUAUCUAAUCCACGUUAUUUAAAUUAUUUAGCACAGAAUAGAUACUUCCAAGAUAAAGCAUUUGUAAACUAUUUAAAUUAUCUUCAGUAUUGGAAGCAACCAGAGUAUUCAAAGUUCAUCGUUUAUCCUCAAAGUCUAUACUUUUUAGAUUUAUUACAACAAGAGAAAUUCAGACAUGAACUAAUACAUUUAAUGUUUACAGAGUAUAUUCAUGAACAACAAUUUUAUCAUUGGCAAUAUUAUAGACAGAAUAGAAUGGCAUCAACUAAUCCAUUACAACCACCUACUGUUGAAGAGUUACAGCAACAGCAACAACAACAAGAUCAACAACAACAAACAACAGAUCAAACUAUUACAAAUAUAACAACUGUAUAA